AUGGCUUCCAGGGCACAGUCAACCUCUGCUGGCACCAGAAAUACCACGGCCACAAGACUGACACCUACCACAGACAGGCCACAGACAGGUAGCAGGUCACGUCCCAGAACCACGGCGACUUCCACCAGCUACAGUGACAAUGAAAUCAUUUGUGCAGUCUCCGAGUCGCGAGGCGUGUCUCCUACCGUUGGCCUCUCCUUUGUCAACGUUUCCACUUCUGAAGCUGUCCUUUGUCAGUUUGCUGAUACUCAAACCUAUGCUCGCACAUGCCACAAGAUCAAAGUGUUUGCUCCCUCUGAGAUCAUCUACAUGAAGACUGCUGAAGAUUCGAAACUCAUUUCGAUUGUCGCUGAGAACCUCGAAGUACAAAAGUUUGACAUUGCCAUGACCGGGAUCGAGCGCAAAUACUGGUCUGAAACUAGUGGCCAUGAUUAUGUCCAUCAGCUGGCGUUUCCGGAUGACGUUGAAUCGUUGAAGCUGUCUGUCGCGGGAAGUUACUUUGCAAUAUGCUGCUUUUCGGCAGCCUUGAAGUACAUCGACCUGGCCAUGGAAUUGAGCUUCGCGCCGCAAACGCUUCGGAUCAAGUUUGAGCCCUCGGAAGGGUCGACCAUGAUUGAUCUGUCCACAAUGGCUUCGCUUGAACUGAGCCAGAAUCUCCAGAACGACAAGUCCCGAGACUGUCUCCUUGGGUUGUUGAACCAUACUCUGACUCCAAUGGGCGCUCGAUUCCUCCGAAGCAAUGUCCUGCAACCAUCAACGGAUGCGGAAAAGAUCAGAAAGAGACAGCAAGCUCUCAGCGAGCUCACAUCCAAGGAGGACAUGUUCUUUGCAGUUCGAGCCGCCCUGAAAUCUUUCAUUGAUGCCGAUCGUGUGCUUGCCACGCUUGUCGUCGUAUCAACAAGGCAAGAUUUCCAUUUCAUGGAACAAUCGAUCAACAAUGUUCUCAUGCUCAAGACGCUUGUGGAUGGAGUCAAACCGGUUUGGCAGGCUCUUGCCGGCGCGAACAGCGCCGAGUUGCAGGCGAUACGCCAGCUCUGCGAGCCAGGAAAUUACAUGCAAGUGGAGAAUUUGCUCUCGCGCUGUUUGAGUGUCGAUGUGCGGUAUUCCUCCAAACCACUCGAUCUACGAAACCAGAGAGUCUAUGGCAUUCAGGCUGGAGUCAACAGCUUCCUCGACGUGGCUCGUCAGGCAUACAAGGAGCUCAACGCAGAUGUCAACGACAUGUUCAACCUCCUCAAAGAAGAGACCGAAAUUCCGAUUGAACUGAAAUACGACUCCGAUAGGCAGUACUACCUCCGAUUCCCAGCCAGUGAGACCAAGGACAACCCCAUCCCUAAUACAUUCAUCAACAUAUACAAAAAGAACAAAUACAUCGAAUGCCAAACACUGGAUCUCAUCAAGAUGAACCAGAAGAUCAAGGACGCCCACAACGAAGUAAUCUGCCUGUCGGACGCCACCGUGCAAGAGCUCAUUGACGAGGUGCGCAGCACAAUCCAUCCACUGUUCAAAAUCAGCGAGUCCAUCGCCAUGCUCGACAUGCUCGCGGGUUUCGCCCAACUCGUGACGACAUCCAUGAACGAGUACGUGCAGCCCGAAGUCCACAUGGACUCGUUCAUGAUCAAGUCCGGCCGCCACCCUAUUCGUGAAAAGCUGCAACAUCAACACGACAGAUUUGUGCCCAACGACGUGUACGCCACGCCACAAAACCGCUUCCACAUCAUCACCGGAUGCAACAUGAGCGGGAAGUCGACCUACAUCCGUUCCGUGGCGCUGAUGGCCGUAAUGGCACAGAUCGGCUGCUUCGUGCCUGCCGAGUACGCCUCCUUCCCCAUGUCACACGAGAUCUUUGCUCGCAUCUCCACAGACGACAACAUCGAGGCAAACGUCUCCACCUUUGCCUCCGAGAUGCGUGAAAUGGCAUUCAUCUUGCGCAACAUGUCCCCGCGCAGCCUGGUCAUCGUCGACGAGUUGGGACGCGGCACCAGCACGACCGAUGGCCUGGCGAUCGCGAUCGCGAUUGCCGAAACGCUGAUCGACUCCAAGGCCUAUGUCUGGUUCGUGACGCACUUUCGCGACCUGCCGCGCAUCCUGGCCGAUCGCGCCGGCGUCGCCAAUCUGCACCUGUCAGCGGAAAUCAGCGAUGAUUACUCCAAGAUGACGAUGCGGUACAAGAUCGCAGACGGGUACGAGGAGGAAAGGUUCUACGGGCUGGCCCUCGCCAGAGCGAUUGGACUGCCUGGCGACGUGGUCGACACGGCCACGCGGGUUUCCGAGGCGUUGCACGAGCGGAAUGAAGCGAGGAAGAGAAAUCCUCGAGCCACGGCGGUGGCCAGGAGGAGGAAGUUGAUCCUGAACGUCAAGGAGCAGUUGGGCCAGGCGAGGGAGACCGCCGUUAGAGGCGAGGGCAGGGCGGAAGCUUUGAGGGGUUGGUUGAGGAGGUUGCAGCUGGAAUUUACGGUGCGGAUGAGGGCGAUUGAUGCGGACGCAGACGCGGACGCGGCCGAGGCCGAGGCCGAGGUGGUUGGUGGUCGAGAUCCAGCAAGGGAGUCCACGGAAGGAGAGCAAGGAGCAGAAGGAGAUGGAGAGGAGACGGAAGGGCAAAGUGAAAGCACCUCGCGAAGCUGAAUGCGCUCUUGCCCGAGCAGGCUUAUGGCGCCAGCACCAGCAGCGCUCUAUCAAAAAGUGGGCGAUUCAGGACGUGGAGGUAGAUGGGGGUGGAACGGAGGCUAUCGCGAAGGAAAUUUCUCCCUGUUAGAUUUUAUCCUAUAGCGAGUCUGCUCUGGUCCGAGGAUCAAAUGAGCAAACGUCUUCUAUGGGUCUCAAAGCAUUGCGCAUCGAGCCCGAGUUUUCCGGU